UCCCACACUUCUAUCAAGCCUUUAGACUCCGAUCCGCAAUUGCCGACUCUGCUAAGCUGCAACCUCAGCCGCAUGAAAGGUUGAAAACUCGAAAGGAUCCACCAAACCCUGCUCAAAAGUGACUGUCGACACAAUGGCUAUUCCAGACCGCAUUGGACCGGAUCAUGACCUUAAACGAACUUUUGGAGAAAAGGUUCGCCGCGUGGUAAAGGCUUUCACGACCAAGGAUGGACUUGUUGGAAACUAUGACUAUGCAUUCUUGUUCAAGCCGAAUCUCCCUUUCAUGAAGAGGGAACGGAGAGCAGCGCCCUUCUUCGGCCUCCACGAUCGCAUGCCAGUUUUUCUCGCGCUCCUGCUUGGCUUCCAACAUUCUCUCGCCAUGUUGGCUGGUAUUAUUACACCGCCCAUCAUCCUUUCCGGCGCAGCAAACCUCACAUUGGAGAUGCAGCAAUACUUGGUUUCGACUUCGCUGAUCGUCUCCGGCCUUCUUUCUGCCAUCCAGAUGUCUCGCUUCCAUUUUUAUAAGACCAACUACUACUUGGGCACCGGUUUAAUCUCAGUCGUCGGCACCUCCUUCGCAACGAUUCCCAUCGCCACCGGAGCCCUCGCUCAGAUGUACCAGACCGGCUACUGUCCCGUGGAUGCAGAUGGUAACAAGCUGCCUUGCCCGGAUGGUUACGGAGCUAUCCUUGGCACGCAGUGUGUCUGCGCUCUACUCGAAAUCCUGAUGUCCUUCACUCCUCCCAGAAUCCUCAAGCGCAUCUUCCCUCCGCUCGUCACUGGUCCUACUGUCAUGCUCAUUGGUGUUCAUCUUAUCGAGACCGGCUUCAAGAACUGGGCAGGCGGCUCCAACGACUGCGCCGGUAGGCCCGAGACUGGUCUUUUCCAGCUGUGCCCCACCAUCAACGCGCCUCGCCCGCUGCCCUGGGGUAGUGCAGAAUUCAUUGGUCUCGGAUUCAGCGUCUUCAUCAGCAUCAUCAUCUGCGAACGUUUCGGUGCACCUAUCAUGAAAUCGUGCGCCGUGGUUAUCGGUCUGCUCGUCGGCUGCAUCAUCGCCGGCGCCUGUGGCUACUUCGACCGGAGCUCCAUUGACUCUUCGCCCGCCGUGUCCUUCAUCUGGGUGCACACCUUCAAGCUCUCUGUCUACGGGCCCAUCGUUCUACCAUUACUAGCCGUCUACAUGGUCCUUGCAAUGGAAGCCAUGGGCGACAUCACCGCCACUUGCGAUGUCUCGCGCCUCGACGUCGACGGCGAGCUUUUCGACUCUCGCAUUCAAGGCGGUAUCCUCGCCGACGGCAUCAACGGCGUGCUCUCCGGCCUCUGUACCAUUACGCCCAUGUCCGUAUUCGCGCAGAACAACGGCGUCAUCGCGCUCACCCGCUGCGCGAACCGCAAGGCUGGCUUCGCUGCGUGCUUCUGGCUCAUCGUCAUGGGCGUCUUCGCAAAGUUCGCGGCUGCGCUUGUCGCCAUCCCAUCUGCGGUUCUGGGCGGCAUGACGACGUUCCUGUUCUCCGCCGUGACCGUCUCCGGUAUCAGAAUCAUCAGCACGAUCGAGUUCACCCGGCGAAACAGAUUCAUCCUGACCGCGGGCCUGACAGUCGGUCUGGGCGCUACGCUGGUGCCCGACUGGUUCUCCUACGUCUUCACGUACUCGGGCCCCAACCACGCGCUUCUCGGCUUCUACAACGCCAUCGUGCUCGUGCUGGAGACCGGCUUCGCGAUUGUGGCCUUCAUCAACCUCGUGCUCAACCUGGUGCUGCCGGAGGAGAUUGAGGACGAGGAGACGCCCGAGUUGACGGCUGAUGAAGUGGAUGGGCCGGCGGAGGGUGUGGAGUGGCGGGGGAAGCAGAAGGGGCAGUCGACUGAUGGCGAGGGAGAUGUUGAAGCUGUAAAAGCGUAGCUGGUUGAGUGAGGUGGUGGUGGUGAAAGAAAAAUGGUUAGCGGGCGGGGAAAAUUGUACAGCACGGACGGUGUACCAUGACUUAUGAAGCGCUUUUUUCGCAGCGGAAUGAAAUUCUCUCAAUUUCCAUGUA